GCUCUGACGCAAAUCUGGGGGCGUGGCAGGGCGACAGUGCACAUUUAUGACAGCGAUCGUGUUUGCUUGUUCCUCAUUAUUUUUGUUCUCAAUUCUGUGGAGAACAAGGCACAUACCCACGAAUACAACGAAACGGAUGAAUUACAUAUUAUCUGAUGUUUCCCCAUCCUUCCAUAUUGAUAGAUUUGUCGUUUUUUGUUGCCGUUUUACACGUUAGCAUUAGCUUUGCAGCUAGUGGUUGUUUUUAGCAUCGUCUGUGUUUAGCUAGCGGCUAGCCGGAAGUUUUCGUUCUCUACAAUUUGACGAUGAUAUUAGCUGCAGAUGCGUGUCCCUGAUACAUGCUCACGUUGGAUGAGUGGAGAAAAAUGUCGUGCAAAUCAACCAAAGUGGCACCCAGUGUUGACUUUGACCACAGUUGUUCCGACAGCGUGGAAUAUCUGACUCUUAAUUUUGGUCCAUUUGAGACUGUUCACCGUUGGAGAAGACUGCCUCCAUGCGAUGAGUUUGUUGGAGCAAGGCGCAGCAAACACACUGUUGUGGCAUAUAGGGAUGCUAUCUACGUAUUUGGGGGAGACAAUGGCAAGAACAUGUUGAAUGAUUUGCUUCGCUUUGAUGUUAAGGACUGCUCAUGGUGUAGGGCCUUCACCACAGGAACACCACCUGCUCCCCGCUAUCACCAUUCAGCUGUUGUCUACGGCAGCAGCAUGUUUGUUUUUGGGGGAUAUACUGGAGACAUCUACUCCAACUCAAACCUUAAAAACAAAAAUGAUCUUUUUGAAUACAAGUUUGCAACAGGACAGUGGACUGAAUGGAAAGUGGAGGGGAGCUUGCCAGUGGCCCGCUCUGCUCAUGGAGCCACAGUUUACAAUGACAAGUUGUGGAUAUUUGCCGGUUAUGACGGGAAUGCCAGGUUGAAUGACAUGUGGACCAUCAGUCUACAGGACAGGGAGCAUGCAUGUUGGGAAGAGAUCGAACAGAGUGGUGAGAUUCCUCCAUCUUGCUGCAACUUUCCCGUAGCUGUAUGCAGGGAUAAGAUGUUUGUGUUCUCGGGUCAGAGUGGAGCCAAGAUAACAAACAACCUCUUCCAGUUUGAGUUUAAUGGCCACAUGUGGACCCGCAUACCCACCGAACAUUUACUACGAGGCUCUCCGCCACCUCCGCAGCGGCGUUAUGGCCACACAAUGGUCGCCUUUGACCGCCACCUGUACGUGUUUGGCGGUGCUGCUGAUAACACUCUGCCCAACGAGCUGCAUUGCUAUGAUGUGGACUCUCAGAGCUGGGAGGUGAUCCACCCCAGCCUGGACAGUGAGAUGCCCAGUGGGAGGCUCUUCCAUGCAGCUGCUGUGAUUCAGGACGCUAUGUACAUCUUUGGAGGGACUGUGGACAAUAAUGUUCGCAGUGGGGAGAUGUACAGGUUUCAGUUUUCAAGUUAUCCCAAGUGCACCCUCCAUGAAGACUAUGGCAAAUUGUGGGAGAACCGUCAGUUCUGUGAUGUGGAGUUUAUUUUGGGAGAGCGAGAAGAACGAGUCCUGGGGCAUAUAGCCAUUGUGACCGCAAGAUGCCAGUGGCUCCGCAAGAAAAUCUUGCAGGCUCGGGAGAGGCAACGACAGAGGACCAAACAGGACAGCAGUGAGGAGAGUGACGAAGGGGCCACCGGAGGAGAGACUCACAGGCCGUCGGGCAGACAGCCCAUGCUGGAGGUAUCCAUCAGGGAAGCAGAAGCACAGCCUUUUGAAGUCUUAAUGCAGUUUCUCUACACAGACAAGAUCCAGUACCCACGCAGAGGUCAUGUUCAGGAUGUUCUCCUAAUCAUGGAUGUUUACAAACUGGCUCUAAGUUUUCAGCUCUCCCGCUUGGAGCAGCUGUGCGUUCAGUACAUUGAGGCUUCUGUCGACCUGCAGAACGUUCUCAGUGUUUGUGAAAAUGCCAACAAGCUCCAACUUGACCAACUGAAGGAACAUUGCCUAAAUUUUGUGGUGAAGGAAUCCCACUUCAACCAAGUGAUAAUGACUAGAGAGUUCGAACAUCUGUCCACGCCCUUGAUAGUGGAGAUAGUCCGACGAAAGCAGCAGCCUCCUCCCAGGCUGUACUCGGACCAGCCUGUGGACAUUGGGACCUCCCUGGUGCAGGACAUGAAGGCUUACCUGGAGGGAGGGGGCCUGGACUUCUGUGACAUCAUUCUACUCUUAGAUGGACACCCCCGACCAGCUCAUAAAGCCAUUCUGGCGGCUCGGUCCAGUUAUUUUGAAGCCAUGUUCCGCUCCUUCAUGCCAGAGGACGGCCAGGUGAAUAUCUCCAUUGGAGAGAUGGUCCCCAGUAAGCAGGCAUUCGAGUCCAUGCUGCGUUACAUCUAUUAUGGAGACGUCAACAUGCCUCCGGAAGACUCUCUUUAUCUAUUUGCUGCACCAUAUUAUUACGGCUUUUCAAAUAACAGGUUGCAGGCUUACUGCAAGCAGAACCUGGAGAUGAACGUCACCGUAGAGAAUGUCUUGCAGAUUCUGGAGGCGGCUGAUAAGACGCAGGCUUUGGACAUGAAGAAGCACUGCCUCCACAUAAUUGUCCACCAGUUCAUCAAGGUAUCCAAGCUCCCCAACCUGCGAUCCCUCAGCCAGUUGCUGCUGUUGGACAUCAUUGAGUCGCUAGCUACACACAUAUCAGACAAGCAGUGUGCCGAGAUGGGCUCCGACAUUUAGGAGGAUGGCAAGAGGCCAGCACUUUAAUUUUGAUCCUCUUUUCCCAAAAGCUGUUUACAAUUUUGCCACACCAUUCCUCCCUUUAUACACUUUGUUUGAACCUUGCAUGUUAUAAUCUCACAUAUGGCGCAUUCAUUUGAUAGCAAGGUGCUUUGGGGGGUUUUCCCGUCUGCAUAUCAUUGUGGUGUCAUUUUAUUUUGUUUUUAUACAGCAUCGAUUUCAAGCCUCAAGCAUGUUAUGCUCUUUUUUUUCCUAAGUAUUAUUACUGAGAAAAAAAAGAUACUAUACAAUUGUUCCCACCGUGUCCCUUAACAGCUGAAACUACCAAAUGACGUGACUUGUAUUUGCUGGAUCAGCAUUAUUACAUUACAAAAUUACAAUUAUCAUAUUAUUGUUAUAUUGUCAUGCUAUACUGUAUUGUAAAAAAAAAAAUCAUUAUUGAUAACCAUGUGCGUGAUUAACCACCACUGUUAGACAUUACCCAUGUUUACCUGACAAUACAAGGUAUAGGUAGUAAUACAUACCCAAAUGUACCGUAUAAAAAAAACAAA